AUGUCUAAUAUGAUGUAUAAUAUGAAAUGGCAAGAAGCCAUUAAUGAUCUCAUGGAGUAAGUUACUCUAGAAUACCUUCCUUUAGAAUAAAAUGAAUAAUAGUUAGGAAUGAAGUAUAAAAGAGAUAGUUCCGAAUGGUUCCAUUUCUGGGCAACCCUCUACAUUAAAUAUAUAGAUAUUUAUAAGAAAUUAGAAGAUUGCUAUGAUUAAUUAGUUCAUCCUUAAAAAAGAGUUCUCCUUAAGGAAAUGCUAGAAAAUGUGAUAGUCAGAUUAUGUGAAACCAAAUCAUAAGUUGUAAAAUACAAUACUCAAUACGAUGCUACUUACAAAAGUGAUUAUCCUAAUCUGGAUGAACUUGUUAUGGAUUUGAAGUUAACUCCAGACUGUUUGGAUAUACCUAUUCCUAGAUAUUUCAGAGAAGAAGACAAAAAACGUUUAGAUGAAAGAAAUUAAAUACUCGAUGCACUUCUUUUGGAAUACACUGACACAAAAGAGCCUUAAGAAGAAUAGUAUGAAGACUAAAACACUCUAUAGGCUGACAUGGAUACAGCUAUUAGAAUUAUUUAGCGCUAUGAAAGAGGGCGCUAGGGUAUAGAAAGAGCUAACCUAGCAAAAAUACUUAAAAAAGAAGAAGAAAAGAAACUAGAAAGAUAAAAAAAGCUUGCUGAAGGUACAGAAAUUGGUGAAGAGACAGAAAAAGAUGAUGCUGCUUUAGUAAUCAAAAAAUAUUGGAGAGGUUAUAAGUCAAGAAAAUUAGUUUAAGAUAUAAGAGAAGAAGAAUUGCUAUUUUUAGGAAUGAAAAAAGUAGUUGAAGAUCCUACUUUACCAGAGUCAUAGUAUAAGUAAGCAUAAAAUAAAAGAUAAAAGAUGAAAUAUAUUUAGGAAGAACAUGAGUAAGAAUUCAAUGAUGAAAUAGAAAAUCUGAAAAGGCUUGUUAAGGGUAAUGAAGGUCCAGAUAUCUUAGAUAAGAUGAGAGCUGAAAGGAGAGAAUGGAUAAUGAGAGAGCUAGAGAAGAAUGAAUUCAAAGAAGCUCCUUAAGACCCCUCAGAAUUUUAUAAUCAACAAGUGAUGGAUCCUGAAUAGUAAGCAGCAGAGGCAGCAAAAGCUGCAGAAGAAGCUAAGAAAAAAGGAGCUGCUAAAAAAGAUGAUAAGAAAAAGAAGGGUAAACCCUCAGAAUUGGACGAAUUUUUAGAAAACAAUAAACCAACUGGGCCAUCUCCAAUAGUCCUCAAACUUUAAGAGCAGAUUGAAAAACACUCAGGAGAAUGGAGUAAAAGAGAUGAGACCAAUAAUUUUGAGUAAAAGCAUGAAACUGAGCUUGCAAAAAUGCUCAUUAAGCCAGUUGUAGAAGAAUAAAUUAAGCAAUAAGUAGAUGAAAUGAUUGCUGAAGAGUUAGAUAUUGUGAGGUUGAGAUAUGAUAUCAAAAAAAAGAAGUAAAAAAAGCCACCCAGACCAAGAAACAAAGGUAAAAAUAAAAAGAAAUUCCCUGGUGAUUCUUCUAAUAAAGGCAGAGAUCCUAAAGAUAUUCUAGCAGGGCUUGUUGAAAAAAGAGUCGCAAAAAAGCUUAUACCAGCCUCGCUAAUGGAUCUGAAGGGAGAAUAAAAUGUUUUGGGAAAAAUAUAAGAAAUUUAGGCUGACGAAAAUCUCAAAAAAACUGAAGCAUUAACUGAUGCGAAGUUGAAAAAAGCUUAAUUAGAAGAGCCAUCAACAAAAAUGCCCGAUCCAUCUAUUGCUUAAAUAAGAUAAAUUAUAGCAGAGUACAUCGCUUUUCCUCUUGGAUCUAAGUAUGCCAAAGAAAAGUUAGAUAAGAUGAACUAUUUCUUCUUUAUGGGUCCUAGAGGAUCAGGAAAAACUCUGGCUGUCAGAGCGUUGGCACACGAAUGUAAUGCAAUAGUUUUAGAUAUAUCUCCAUCUAAUAUUGAUGGAUAGUAUACUGAUAAAAAGUAGAUUGAUGGUAUGAUAAACAGUGCCUUUAAAGUUGCAAAAGAAUUCUAACCAGCAAUUAUUUAUUGCGAAGAUUUUGAGUACAUCUUUGGAUAAGCUAAAAAGAAGAAGUCUUAGGUGAAUCCUCUUUUCGCAAAAAUGAAGAAACCUUUAAUGGAUUUCAAGAAAGGUAAAUUCUUUGAACCUGAAGAUAGAGUAGUAUUUAUUGGUAGCACUAACAGACCUUGGGAUUGCUCAUAAAAGGAAAUUAAGUCAUUCUUCGAUAAAAAAAUAUAUUUCCCCUUCCCCAAUUAUGGCACAAGAAUGUUAUUAUUUAAAACAUUCCUUGAAUAGAAAAAAGUCCCAUUACCAGAUAAUUUUCCAAUUAAUACUAUUGCUCAUAUUACAGAGGGUUGGUCAGCAGGAUCAUUCAAAAUGGCAAUUGAUAGAGUUUUUACAGAAAGAAGAUUACAAAAAAUUAAUGAAGAAUAAAUAAAGCUUAGUGAGUUUAUUGGACCACUCUCUAAUGUACCAUUCACCUCAAAAGAAGAAUUUAAAGAGUUUAAGAAAUUUAAUUAAGUAGUUACUGGGCUCCAAGCAAAUUAUGAAGCGAAGAAAGCACCAGCAGAUGACUAAAAAGGAGAUAAAAAUAAAAAGAAAAAGUGA